AUGAAUCACUCGACCGAGCUGUCUUCUUCAGUGGAAAUGGUCCCUGAGGAGUUUGACGGCUGGACAGUAGUUGUGUGUGUGAUCCUGGGUCUGUCAUUUCUGAUAGGAGCUCCGGGGAACCUGCUGGUGAUCUGGACUAUCCUGAGACAUGUCAAGCAGCGCUCCCACACUGUGCUGCUCAUCCUGCACCUGGCUGUUGCUGACCUGCUGGUCCUCAUCACCCUGCCUCUUUGGAUCUACUCCCUGGCUGACACCUUGGUGUUUGGAGGAGCCUUCUGCAUGGCCUUGGUGUACAUUGUCUAUGUCUGCAUGUUCAGCAGCAUAUUCUUUAUCACCCUUAUGAGUGUGGAACGCUAUUUAGCCAUCUGUCAUCCAUUUUUAAUGAUGCGCUGGAAGAACAAGAGCAUUAUGAACACAUGUCUCGCACUUCUGUGGUUCCUCGCAUUACUUCUAGGAGUGCCUGCAUUACUGACCGCACCUAUGGAUGAAAGCGAUGUAACUGAGUCGUGUUUCAUCAAGGAAUUCAGCUCUGUGACUCAAGCGAUCAUCUUGUUAUGUUUGGAGUCCUUGGCAGGUUUUGUAGUCCCUUUUGUCAUUCUAAGUAUCUGUUACUGUCUAGUAGCUGCCCAGCUAAGGAAAAUGAAUUACAACUCCAAACUAAAAUCUAUGGUGCUUGUGCACACUGUGGUGAUAGCCUUCACAUUGUGCUGGCUGCCUUGGCAUAUCAUCAACAUUAUUGAUGUGGUUUGCAUCCUAAAUUCAGGCACAGAUCAUGAAUGUGUGCAAGAGAGUGUUGUCUUCACCUCUGGAGCUCUUGUUUUUAUCAGCAGUUCAGUGAAUCCUAUAUUAUAUGUCCUCUUCGCAAGGAAUUUACGAGGGAGUUUGGAGCAGUCCCCUCUGGUCAGGCUUUUCCAGGAAAUGGUCACUCACACCAACAAACUCAGAGAGCUGGUAAUACAACAUCAGACAGGCCAGAGGGCAGCAAACACACAGUUGGAGCUGAUGAGCGACUCAGAAACUAAUUGAAUCCCUGGAACUGUGAUGCUGGGGAAAUGUGACAUUUUUAUAUUGCAGUUUAUUAUGGGACUAUUCUUUAUUAUGAAGGCCUUUAUAUGAUCGAAGGCUUUGAAAGACUGUACAGUAUGUCACAUGCACUUAAUGCAGUCUCAUCAUUGACACAAGCCUUCUCUCAUCGCCUUCCCAUUUACCCUAAGAUGUCAAGGCAAGAAAACAAAUGACAAUGUGUUUUUCAUUUUGAUGAUCAUAUAUUGAUGUUUUGUUGAAAAUCUUGAAAACAUUCAAUUUGAUAUGCUCUAUGAUUGUGAUAAAGUGUUUUUUGUUUUAGAGUAAAAGUCUUGUAUUUCUUUACAUCAGAUUUUUCUUCCUCCAAUUUUCUCAAUUUUGUAGAUGAUUCAUGAACUGUCAUCAUACAUAUUCUCCCAAGCCUUAAUGUUGUUGUGUGUACCAUGGAGUUGCUCCCACAUAACUUUUUAGUA